AUGUCCGCGAAGCCACGCCGUGGACGCGUCUCGCGCGCGCACGAACCCCAGUCUCCAGCGACCCGCGACGCCAGGCGCCCAGGACGCCUGGCGGCCGCGAAGAGAGCCACAUACGAGAAGCGUCUAUAUAUAUAUAUGGCAAUACGCGUGUGCGUGGGUGAGCGCGAGCGUCGAGGUCGUGAGGCGGUACUACGAGAGGAGGACGGAGGCGGGAACGUGCGUGCGGUGUGGGUGCAGUGA